AUGGGAGAAAAGCUCACCCCCCAAGCAGUGGACUCCACGCAGUCAGUCGACCCAUCACCAGCGCAACUAGAAACACUCAGACAUGUUGCCGACCAUAUUCCUACAGCUGCCUGGCUAGUUGUGCUCUUUUCUUCAAUGGAAAGAUUCACAUACUUUGCUUUCUCAGGGCCACUUCAGAACUAUAUUCAAAACCCCCUCGAUGACGUUUCCCGACCCGGGGCACUAGGGCUGGGUCAGUCCAAGGCUACGGCCUUGAUCUGUUUCUUGAAUGUUUUGAGUUAUACGACUGUCAUCCCGGCUGCUAUCGUCGCGGAUGGCUACCUUGGGCCUUUUGUUACCAUCUGCAUUUUUUCUUGCUUCUACCUUUCCGGACUUCUACUGCUCUUUCUCACAUCAUUGCCGAUAUCACUACAGCACAAUGCGGGAGUCGGAGGACUCAUCGCAGCCUUUAUACUGAUUGGCAUUGGGGUUGGCGGAAUCAAGUCAUCUGUGUCGCCUUUUCUGGCUGAUCAAUUGAAGAGGACUCAAACCCGAAUCAAAUACCUCCCAAAUGGCGAGUCGGUAGUUAUUGACCGAGAGAUGACAAUCAGCAAGCUUUAUGGAAUAUACUACUGGGGUGUUAAUAUCGGCGGGCUCUCAGGAAUCGCAUCCACCGAGUUGGAAAAAAUCCAUGGUUUCUGGGCUGCGUUUCUCCUCCCUCUUUGCUCUCUGGCUGUCUCCCUGGUUGCCUUCUUCAUGAGUCGUCAUCGAUAUGUCCAUCAUAAACCGCAGGCAGGUAUACUAAUGCGCGUGAUCAAAAUCCUGCGGCUGGCUAUUUGGCCAGGAAAGUUUAGCCUGAGUAACGCCACAGCUAGCCAUCAGCAAGGCCAACUGGGUAGAACAGUUGACUGGGAUGAUGGCUUUGUCUCCGAGUUCCGGGUUGCCCUUCUGGCUUGUAGAGUUUGGAUUAUUUAUCCGAUUGUGUGGCUCUGUUUCAGCCAAAAUCAAACCAAUCUCGUCUCCCAGGCCGCCGCCAUGCAGACUUACGGCAUACCCAACGACAUGAUGAGCAACUUGAAUCCCAUCUCUGUGCUACUCGUGCUCCCGCUAAUGCAAAAAUUUAUCUAUCCCGUCUUGAAGCGAUGUAAGGUCGACCCCCGGCCGACCGUGAGAAUGACCCUCGGCUUUAUUUGCAUUGCAGCCAGCAUGGCCCUCGCGGCGGGGGUGCAGCAGAUCGUGUACGACUCCGGUCCGUGUUACGACAGCCCACGACACUGCAUGAUUGAUGGAAAACUAGAGGAGGGACCCAACCAUGUCAGUGUGGCAUUACAAGUGCCCAUUUACGUGGUCGGGGCGGUCGGAGAGACGUUCUUCUCGGUUGCCGGGUCUGAGUGGGCAUACAACAGCGCCCCGGCGGGCAUGAAAUCUCUCCUACAGGCGAUAUAUAUGUUGACAUUGGCCGUCAGCUCCCUGCUUGGAGUUGCCAUCUCCCCAAUCUUCAAAGAUCCUUGGAUGACGAUUGUCUUUGCGGUAUUUGCCGGGGUGAUGUUUAUGCUAAGUGGUAUUUUUGCCUUCUGCUUUUGGAGGGUAUCGUCCAAGACAGAAGGAAGAUGA